AUGUUUUUUCUAAGUUCUUUUUUUCAAGAAUAUAUUGUAGAAGAAUAUCAACAACCACAAGAAUUAUUAAUGCAAUUGUAUCAACAGGCUGAAUCAAUGCGUGUUAUGAACAACACAACAAAUUAUGAUUGUAGUCAAGUUAAAUCAAAAAUGAAUACAACAUAUUCACAUCGUCAACAACUUGUUCGAGAGAUGAAGUUUAUCAAGGAUAUUGUUGAAUUAUAUUCAGCUUUAUCAAUAACCAAUUUAGAAGUAAUUGACGUUCAUCCAAAGAUACAAGUACAAUCAAUUGACAAAAUCAAAGAUUAUGCUGUUAUUAUUGAAUAUAAUCGUCUUAUUUCAACAAAUUCACAAGUAGAAACAGUGGCUGCUUUAAUUGGGUCGUAUGAAAUAUUUAAUAUAGAAUAUCCAUUAAAAGUACGUGCAACAUUAGAAGUUCUCAAUGGUUUAUCAUUCGCUGCUAAAUGA